AUGGCCUCUUGCCCUACACGGCCGUACAUUGUACGAACGGCGGGGGGAGAUGUGGCACUGGACUUAAGCCCGUUGUUCCGUUGGCGACAAGAUGACGAUGUCGUUGACCUCCUACGAGAUUUACAGGGCGCCGCCCUCGGGGGCGUGGCUGUGGACGCGUUUCGACAGCUUCUGGAAGAUUCGGAGAACCUGAUCGGGGCGCUGCUGGCUGACCCCAACCCAGAAAUAGGUUCUGGAUCCGUCCCUAAAGACCCCGGGCCGGAUCCGGAUCCGGGUGCUGUCGUGCGCACCGGACAAGGAUGGUGCAGCAGCGUUGCCGGCGGCAGGGGCGGUGGAUGUGGUGCCGUUGCGUGCGGCGCCGGCGCCGGCGCCAAGGGUGUGUGUGGCGAUGGCGGCGAUGGCGGCAGCGACAGUGGAACGGGCAGUGACCCGUGGGUCGGUUUGUUGGGGUCCAGCGCGGCACUUUUGGAGUUGUGUUGGGAGAAGCUUCACCUGGGCCACUGGAAGGACGUUCACGUGGUAGGUGGGUGGGUGAGCGAGUGGCACAUGCACAAGCUAGCUGAGGACGUGCACCUGGCGGUGACGGCGGCGCAAGUACGGCGACCUGCGGCGACGGCAAAAAACGGAGCUGAGGACGACGUCAAUAGCGGGGGCGGUGGGGUUGUCUUGAAGGGAGGGCCACGGCGGGUCGCCAACGUUGCCGUCAACGAAGACGGCGGGGGCGAGGGCACGGGCCACCGAAGCGACGGCGAAGGCGAGGGCGAGGGCGGAGGUGGGGAUGCGGAGGAGGGCCUCCAGCGGGCGGGGGCGAAAAGGCGGCGCGUGUGGGACGGGGACGCUGGGGAAGGCUUGGCUUGUGCGACGACAGCCAGGACGGUAGACGAGGGAGAGGAUAGGGAUGUGGAGGCGGAGGCGGAGGGUGCAAAAGGGGGCGCCGGAGAGGCGGCGGCGGUUGGAGUGGCAGAAGCGGCAAACGGGAAUCGAAAGCGAGGUGCUGGGCGCAGCGCCGUCGGCGCAGAUGCUGUAGCAGCGGCGCCAGUAGCGGCUGUCGAUACAAUGGCGGCGGGGGCUGCAGUGGCAGUGGCAGCUGUACGGCUGCCCCGUGGCUCGUUAGGUGGGCCUCCUGGCAGCCGCGUUCCGACGGUGGAGCAGCCCGGUCUCGAAGAUUUCCUUCUGUCGUACAUGGUUCCGGAGCGACCCGUGGUGAUAACUGGUGGGUGGUAUCGCAUGAUGGGUUAUGACGUACCCAUAAGUUUGCCGUACUUCAUCUCCUUACCUCUGAUUCAUCAGUUGGGUUCAAGAUGUUGUGAAUCAGAGGCCCUGGGUCUCGAAAGCAGUACGGCAGAUCAGUUUAAGAGCAUUGAGUACUUCAGGGCGGCAAGUCGGGGGAGGUUUUGGACCACAUAUGGGGGUUACCUCUGUAUGGGAUCCGUCUGUACUGUGCAGGACCCCAGAUGUCCCGUACGGUCGUACUGCAGGUGCGAUGGAGCAUUGGCCCGCGAUGACGCGCUGGAGCGACCUGUCGUACUUGGAGCGAGUUGCGGGCUGCCGUACGGUGCCCGUGGAGUAUCAGCACCCACCAGCGACCUCCGCUUUCCCACCAUAUACAUGCUCACCUACACGGUGCGGUGUUUCCUGUUCUCCGUGGCUUUUGGGCGUGUAGAUAUUGCCCUUGGGCCUUCGGCUCUAUGGGUAGUUAGUUUUACAGCUGUUGUCCUUGUCAGCUCGCACGCGCUGUUCGACCAGAUCCCGGCUCUGCGACGGGACAUCGUGCAGCCCGACUACUGCUGUCUCGGAGAGGAGGGGGAGGUUGUGGGCCGCAAAUAUGUACGACUGUACGACCCUUCCCUGACGGACCGCCUGUACCCCUUCCCCUCCGAAACCAUCACCAGCAAUAGCAGCCAAGUAGAUCUAGAUCUAGAUCUUGACCUAGAUCGGGAUCCAGAGCCAGGCAGCUCCGAGAUGAAACAGGAGGAGAAGAAUCCGGAUCCAUGUCCCGAUCAGAAUCCAGGUUCCGACGAGUUGACG